CAUGGAGCAGACAGCCGCACCUGGGGGCCCAUGGCUCCCUUGCAGCCACAGGCAGGCCUUAGCCCUGUACCAGCACCUCUUUGGACGCCCUGCGGCCCUGGGCCAGCUCCAGGCCGCCCUGCAGCAGGUGAGGGAGGUGGGGGUGGCCUCUGAAGGGCAAGGCGGAGGCCUGACUCCAUCUUGUCCCCCCCAGGUGUAAGAGAGUCGGGCCUGUCGCUCAGGACUGGAGCUGCCCACUGUGUUGCUGGAGAUGGAGUGGAGCCAGAGGGCCCAGGAGCAGCUCCUGUGGGACUUGGAGCUGCUGACUGGGGCAGGGCUGAGCCUCUUCUGGCCCCCCUGGGCCCAGUUCUGUGGUCUGAGGGGCCAGGCCCGGUAUGUAUGGAGCCAGCGCAGCAAGCGCCAUGGUGGGACAGGCGGGGGUCCUGAGCGGUGGGCCAGCAGGACUUCCAGGCUAUGCCCACUGCCUCAGGCUGGGGACUCUCUGAGCCAGACCCACCAGCUUCCAGACAGGGGGCAGGCAGUAGACCCAUCAUGGGCCCUGGAUCUGGGCAAAGCUAGGAGUGACAGAGACCCCCGGUGGGAGAGACCUCCCAUGCCUGCAGAGCCUACACCGGGUGGCUUACAAGAGCCGAACCCCACCACGAGCAGUAGCUUUGGGGACCCAGGAAGCUCUGAGUUCAAGGACCCGGCCCAGAGAGGAGAGAAAAGACAAGCCCGACCUACAACCCAAAGGCCAUCCACAAGCCUAUGGGGGAGGAAGCUAGUGUCUCCAAGACCCUCAGACCUGCCCUCCCAGGGCCUGUCAGAACCCCAAGAUCCCCCUGAGGGGCUGGACUGGAGCCUGGGCCAGGAGAGGGCAGAACUUCAGAAACUGCUGAGGAUUGAGAUUCCUCAGAGGCAGAGAGAGCAGAAAGAGCGCCCCAGGGGUCGGAGGGGGGAGGCCUCCAGGGGGGAGGGCAAGGAAGUUCUGAGUCGGAGAGAGAAGAUACACCAGGGUCAGAGUGGGGAGGCUACUCAGGCUCUGAGGGAGGAAGCCUCCCUGUAUCCCGGGGGGAAGGCUCCCCAGAGUGAGAGGAGAGAGUGUCUUCAAGGUCAAAGACGCAACAGCCCUGAGUGCCAGAGAGAAGAGGUCCUGCAGGAGCCGCAGAAGGAGACUCAGGGUCGGGAAGUGAAGACCUUUCGGGCUUCCCCAGGCCGAGUCUCACAAGCCUUGGGGGUGGCCAAGGGAGAGGCGCCCACACUGCCCCCGGAGAAAGGCGGCUCCCUGGGAAUUUCUAGGGAUUUCUGCAGGUCCCCAGGAGAACAGAAGCCUCAGCCUGUGGGGAGGGAGAGCCCUGGCUCCAGGGAAAGUACCACCCAGCUGACGCAGGACCAAACUGACGGCCCAAAGCCGGCCGCAGGAGACCCCAGGGCUGCCCAGGAGGGGGCGCGGCCUCCCCUUCCACCGCCGAGGCUCCCAGGCCCAGGGGCCGAGGCGCUAGCGGCCCCAGGCAUCGGGGUCUCGGGCCCGCCGGAGCACCCCGUGGCUCUCCCGGGGCGCCCAGGGCCGGUGCGUGACCCACACGGGUUUCAGGACCUGGAAGGAAGCCCGGGCGUGGCGGAGCAGGUGCCCGGCGGUUCUGCUAGGCUCCUGGGCACCGUAGGGGAGCUGAGGGGUGGCGCGGAAGCCCCCGGGGCCUCGAAAGCCGCGUGGCCCAGGCUCCCGGGCCAGGAGAAGGUGUCGGCGGCCGAGAGCGCGGCGCACAAGGAGACCGCCCUGCAGCGGCUGCUGGAGCUGCACGGCCCGGCCAGGCGCCGGCAGCGACAGGCCCGCGAGCAGCAGCGGCUCUGGAUCUUGGGACGCCUCCGGCUCGCCUGGAACCGCCGCUGCCGGGUGCACCCUCUGGGGCCCCCACCCAGCCCCGCCGAGCUCCCGCCACAGGCAAGACUCCCGGGAGAAGAUGGCGGGGCCCCCGCGAUCCUGCCCGGGCGGGGGUGGGUGAGGGCGCCUCCCGGGUCCCCUCUGUCUUGCACCGGCACCGAUGCGGACCUACGGCGGGAGGGGCGCGUCUGCCGGGUGCUGCCUCCUGCUGGCUCCCUCGGGCCCGCGGGGCGGGCGCCCAGAGACUCAGCGCUCGGCCCGACGCAGGAGGACGGGGUGGGGCAGCGACGGGCCUUGCGGGAGCAGCUGCAGCGAGGGCUCCAGGAGAGGACCUGGUGGCUGCCGGCCAUAGGGGCCAGGAACACCCAGAGCUUCCAGCAGCUACUGUGGCCUCCUGGUGCCGAGGAGCCCUUGCCUGGAGAGGAGCGCCCACCCUUCCCAGCCCCCUUGAGUCGUUGCUGAAUCCUCAAAUGGUUGAUGAAAGAGAUGGGG